UUUGAUCACGACGAAAUCCCAACUUGUCAAAUGGCUUUAGCCGGUUCGCACACAAAAUCACAAUAUUUUUUCAACAAAAUGUAAAUUAAAACGUAUCAUUAAUAAUAAUUGAUUUAUAAAAAAAAAAUGUCUACAAAAUUAGUGCCAAAGUUGUUUAACUUGUUGAAAAAUUCAAAAUGUUCAACAUGUUUUAAACGCCAUGCUUCCAAUAAAGUUCUAUCUCAAGAUUUAGAUCCCUAUAUGACACCUUACAGCAGUUCUCCAAACGAUCAACAACGGCUGUACACGUGGGGUAUGGCUGAACACGGCGCGUUAGGUGAUUUGAGAAUAAGGUCUAGAGAACGCAAAAUUACAUUCAUAUACCGACCAGUACGAAUGAGAUUCGCUUAUUCUCAUCAAAUUAAAGAUGUGGCUUGUGGAUAUGGCUUUACAGUGUACGCUGUAGAAAGUAAGGAUCAUAAACUUUUCGGAUGUGGCCUUAACACGGACUCGCAAAUAGGUUAUCACGACCCACGCAGAGGCCACCCAUUAGGAAUGGUUUUAGCUAAUGUGCCAAUUCAAAUACUAUUUAAAAAUUCAAACACGAGAAUAAAAGCAGUCGCAGCUGGUCGUGCACACACACUGGUGUUAACCAAUACUGAGGGUGUGUACGCACUAGGCAACAAUUCCUACGGACAGUGUGGAAGAAAUAUUGUUGAAAAUGAAGAUUACAGUAAACUGAGAGAAGCAAACAAUAUUGUUUUACCUGAAGAUAUAUCUAAGAUAGUUUGCGGUCAAGAUCACAGUUUAUUUUUGACUAAAACUGGAAAAGUUUACUCAUGCGGUUGGAGUGCUGACGGUCAGACAGGAUUGGGACAUUAUAAAAAUGAAUCUAGGCCGACUUUAGUUGAAGGUGACAUCAAAUGUGAAAAUAUUGUUAAAAUAGUUUCUUCGGCUGACUGUGUUUUAGCAUUAAAUGAUAAAGGUGAAGUGUUUGGUUGGGGAAAUUCAGAAUACGGUCAAUUGUUUUUGAAUAGCGAUACAUAUCAAGUAAACACCCCUAGAGCAUUAUCUUUGAAAGACACAGUCGGCAAGGUCACUGAUAUUGGUGCAUCUGGAUCGGCGUGCAUUGCACUAAAUGACGAAGGUACUGUUUUUGUUUGGGGCUUCGGUAUUUUGGGUAAAGGUCCAGAAUUCAAACAAAGUUCCGAACCCUCACCAAUACCGCCAACAUUGUUUGGUCGUAAUCAGUUCAAUCCUAACUCGACAGUCAAGUCUGUUUACGGAAGUUUAUUUCACAUGGCGGCAAUAACAAACGAAGGAAAUUUAUAUACGUGGGGUAAAAAUAAAUGGGGCCAACUCGGACUCGGACAUGUCAAAGAUCAGUAUUUUCCUUUGAAAGUAUCGAUAGGCGCCGUUGUUAAACGGGUGAGUUGUGGUGCUGAUCAUAUGGCUGCACUAUGUUUACCAUACCAAUAAAUUGUUUAAAAUGUAGAUGUGUUUGUUUAAAAAUAUAUUUU